UUAUCUGUGAUUGAAACGGGGGAAAAGUGGAUGAUGGGAGACGUUUUGAUCAGUUUCGUAAUUUAUUCUAAAUACGUUGAUAAUGUUUUCGUUAUAAAAUAAUCAGUAGCGAGUGUUAAAGACGAUUUUACAUUAUCUAGUGUAAUAUCAGUGAGAUUUAUUCAGUCCGUUGUUAGCGUUACUCGUAGAUGGUAAUACAAAAUUUUCAUGUACACAAUGGAGAAUCAAAAUAAUGAUUAUUCUUCCGUUGUUGAAACAAUUGCUAGUAUGUUUGGAAAUGUGAUAACUAAAGAAGUAAUAUGCACAAUUGUGGAGAGCUUCGAAGGCGAUCUGAACCUAUCAGUGGAAGCUGUCAUGAAUAUUACAAGUGACACUAAGAAUGUAGGUCAAAGUGAAGAGGAAGUAACAAGUACCAAUCAAUUACAAGUUGUACAGAUUCCAUCUACAAGUCAAGAUGAAAGUCCCGGUGACUCUAGUCUGGCAGUACCUUCAACAUCUUAUGCUUCUGCCUCAAACAAAGGGGCUAUACCAAAGCAAACCUCAAAACCAAAGACCGUCAAUAACAAAGCAGUCUUCUGGACAGAACAAAUCCGUCAAAUAAUUGCAUAUCAUAACCAAGGUGCCAGAGUCCUGAUCAUUUUGAGAGGAGCACCUGGUUCUGGAAAAACAUUUCUCGCCAAACAGAUUCUAGAAAUGACCAUUGGUUCCACUUAUCAUGCUUACAAAAAACAUACAUUCAGUACUGAUGACUUUUUUGUGACAAGGGGUCAAUAUCAAUAUGAUAAAUCUAGACUGAGUGAUGCUCAUACAUGGAAUCAGAAUAGAGUUAGACUGGAGCUAUGUAAAGGACUAAGUCCAGUCAUUGUGGAUAAUACUAAUAUUGAACUAUGGGAGAUGGAACCAUAUGUAAGGCAGGGUGUCCAAAAUGGUUAUUAUAUUGAAGUAGUAGAACCCAAUACUUAUUGGGCGAAAAAAGCAAAUCAGUUAUGUAAGCGUAAUGUGCACAAUGUUCCAUUUGCGACUAUCAAAAGAAUGUUGGAGAAUUAUCAGGAUAAUAUAUCAGGACUAUACUUAAUACAGGCAUAUGGUCUCUUAUAUCCUGAAAACAUGGCUCCACCUGUAUUGAGAAAUGAUCCUCCUCUAAAGGAUGAUGAAAAUGCUGAAGCUGAGGCUGAAAAACCAGAAGAAAAAACUAAGGUAAAAACUCAAAGUGAUCUUACUGAAUUUCAAGAAGAGUUUUCUUCUGUGUUAAAGAUUCAGGAAACUAGUGCUACGGAAGGAUUGACCGAAGCUAUUCCACAAGGUGAAUGUUUAAAUAUUAAUGAACCAGAGCAAAACUGCAUUACAACCGAGGAAGUACCAGAACAGCUCCAAACAAAUAUACAGGAGAGUAGUCCUGAGGAAUUAUCUCAGCAUGAGAUUAUAAAACAACAACUUAUUAAGGAGGCUCAGAAACGUCUAGAAGAAAUGCACCAGGUUGAGACAGCAUGGGAAAAUGGAGAAAGUUGGGAUGAUGAUUCAAAGAAAUAUGAUACAGCUUGCAGUAAAAGCAUACCAAUGAAUACAGAACCAAAACCACCUCGUAAGCAAGAUAAUGAGGAAUCUAUUCUUUCUGCUAAUAUUUUAGAUUCAGUUAGCAAAUGUGACGAUUGGUCCCAGAUUUCAAUGUUUAUGCCAUCGUGGCAUGAUAUUCCACAGCACACUGUUUGCAAUGAAGACAAAGAUAAGGAUAACUUUGUAGAAAAAAUCUCUAGCAGUACUUGCAUUGAGAUUGGUGAUACGGAUAUUGUGAACAAUAAACAUAAUUAUAAAAUAAUCACUGCUACACCUAAAGAUAUAAAUAUGUUUCAUGUAUCUUUUAACAAUGAAAAGAUACCAGAUAUAAGAAGCCUGGAUAAAAGUACUAUGACUUAUGAACAUACAAUUUCAGAAGCAUACAGAUGCAAAAAUGAAGAACAACAUUUUGCUUCAUUUAGAAAAAUGUUUAAAAAUGUUGCCAGAUCUGAUUUACGAGACAUUUUCGAUAAAUGUCGUGGAGAUGUGAAUUGGGCAGUUGACAUUGUUUUAGACAGCAUGAAUAAUAAGUUGCUGGAUAUGGUAGAAAAUGAAGAGUCAUCAGAUAAAGAGGAGGAAAUUAUUGAACAGUGUGAAUGUCUAGCUGCUUAUAAUAUUAUACCAGAUGGAGUGUCCCCAACCCCACAAAAUACUGCAAAUAUAGAUGUCCAAGACAAUGCUAGUGAUAACAGACCUCAAGUUCUGAAAAAAUCCAAAAAGGAUACUGUCCUGUCAGAUAGUUCAAUGCAACUAAAACGGCAAAUUGAAAAGAAUGUAAACAUUGCAGAUAAUCAUUAUUCCGCAUACUGUUUAAAAUUAAGAAAAAUGCGCCACGGGGAGGUCGUGAAGGCUGGAACUUCUUCUAGUCAACCAAUUAAUCUCGAGGGUCAAGAUGCAGGAUCAGAAUCUGUUGUGGUAUCAAGUGAAGCCACGACUGCUAGCGUAGUCAAUUCGGACGAGGAAGAAGAGUCCACCGCUGAAUGCAUUGAUGAGCCUGCUAAGGUUGUAAACGUAAAUGUGGGCAUGGAAUUUAUUACCAUGUUAGAUGACAUGUUUGGACGAAAGGAUAUGAUCUAUCCGAACAAUGUGCAACCGUCUUUGACGAUAUCAGUGUCUGUAUUGAAUGAACUGAACGCAUCUUGGAUGGAAUCAUUAAUGUACCAACUUGAGAAUGAAUCAAAACAAAUGCAAGAGAUUAUCAAACAGGAUGAAGAGUUUGCAAGGGAACUAGCAUUAAAAGAAGAAGAACUACUCAUCGCAGGAAUGGAGCCAGCAGUGCCAGAUUUCAAGGAGAUCAUGGAUAUGGAUCUGGCUCUUAGUUUGUACCAGAAGGAUCUUGACGAUUGGCGUAGUAGUGAACCUCAAGAUUUAGCCGCCAAGAUGACGAGGGAGAAAUUGUAUAACUUGUUCCCGGAAGUAUCUCCGGAUGUGUUGGCUGAGCUUUUAGUAGCGCACCACAACAAUUUCCAAGCCACUGUAGAGUCCCUUUUAAUCUCCACUGGAAGACACGAUAUCCUGGAGCAAGAAAACGGCGUAAACAAGUUCGUAAUGGAAAAGGAAAUGCAACGGCAGAAGAAAAUAUUGGAGCUAGAGAAGGAGGCCUUCUCUGAAGACGAGUCUCCUCUCUUUCCGAAGGGAGAGAGGGCGACCAUGGCCGUCGUCAACGGAUACCGCCAUGAAGCCGAAGAGCACUUGAAACGCCGCAACGCAAAUCACGAAAAGGCUCAUGAAUUUAUUCGCCGCGGCAUGACUCAAGUCGCCAACCACUACUCCUCUAUCGCGUCUUAUCACAAGCAACGCUUUGAGUUAGCCAAUAGCUUUGCCGCAGCUGCUUUGAUACAAGUGCACGCACAAAACAAUCCAAACAACGCUACAAUCGAUUUGCACUACAUGCGCGUCGCCGAAGCCAAGGAAUCUCUGGACAUAUUCCUGGAUUUCCACAUCCGGAGACUGCAAGAGAACCAGAACAGAGGCCCGCGUUUCAUCAACCUGUUCUUUAUAACCGGAAGGGGCCUCCACAGCCACGGCCAGCCUCGCAUCAAGCCCGCCGUCAAGAAACGCUUGCGCGAGCGAUUUUUGGCCUUCAGCGAACGCAAUCCCGGCCUCCUUACCGCUAGAGUCUGCGCUGACGACAGGCUGUCAUAUCAGAUAUCCAACGCCUAGGCAACACCGGGCCCCUUGGCAGAUUUCCAAAAUAUCAAUGCACAUUUAGCCCCAAGUCCUUUGAUGAUUGCUCCACACGUUUCCCCAAUUUACGCCUCGCCUUUCUUUGGUUACAAUCAUAUGCCACUGACUCAUAACUCAGUGAUCACCUCACAGCCCCCAAUUGCUUUCAAUAGUCAAUAUAUGAAUACCUAUUUCUUUUACCUUAACCAGCCCCCAAUCCUCGAUCACCAUAACUAUAUGUUGUGGUAUCCUUGCAUGUUCCUAUAUCCCCUGUUUUAAGUUUGUGCGUUAAUGCUAAAAGGAAAUCUACAUGGUGGUCCUUAAACUCAUUGUAAAACAUCGAUAAAGGAAAUAAUGAAAAUACACUGCUUUUUAGUCGCUUACACACGACUAAUUUAGUACACAUCGGAAUGGUGCAUUCAUAUGCAACGCUUUCCUACGAUUUUCGGCUUUUAAAAUAUGUAAGGCACAAGAACUCUGUUCAUUGACGGAUUUUUACUGAGGGUGAAUUUCUAGUGACGCAUUGACAAUGGUUUAUAAGCAACAUGGAAAUAAAAAGACUAUAAUGAACUCUAAUUGUGAUAUGAUCUUUUAUAAGAAUGUGACGGCAAAGUCAAUGUUAUCGAUAUUUGUGACUUCUGAUCGAAGAUAUUAACAACGAUAUUUUGGUACAAUUUGUCGGAACUGUCUCUGUUUAUGCUCGGCCUAAUUCCGGUCUAGUUUGUCUAUUGACAUGUGGCACGUUGUGCCAAUUUAUACGGAGUCUAAAAAAUGUACUUGAGUAUCGUCUCUACUGUUGCCGCGUCAUAAAUGACGUUGCACAAUUUUGUAUGUGUAGUGAAGUUGUUGUAUUCGAUGUCUAAUUUAUGUGUUAUUCAAAAAACAAGAUACAUUGAAUCGAAAUCCUCAAACGAAUGCGCCUUUGAGUGUUAACUCUGUCCUGCAUUUAACGUCGAAUUUGACUUAUUGAGGAUAGUGCACUGUAUCUUGGGUUUUUAUACAUUUAAUAUAUUUGUUUAUUUAAUAAGUGUUUAGGGUAAAUGUAGGAUAUAAGAUCUAUUGCUUGACUGUUCUAUGCCCCGCUAUACCCACGAACCAAACUGUGUUAAUUAUUUUCACAUUGAAUGAUUUUAUUAUAAGACUUGAUAGUUUGUUAAUUUGUUUCUCGGGGAUUUUUUACACUGGGCGUAAAAGAAAAGCACGCCGAAAUGAUUAAGAAACCCAAAGUACAAUUAACGCUAUUUAAUAGCGUUUUAAAAUGUAACAACAAAGAUUUUACUUUAAGACGAAAAGGAACAAGUAUUAUAUUUUGUAAAUAUUUGCUCAAAUAGGUUAUUCGGAUUUUGGGUAUUUGUUUAGUAAUAACUUCACCAAAAUAACACUUCAAGAUGUCUGCACUUGUAUAUUUACCAUUUUUUUUAAUACUUAAAUGUCCAUAGAAAAGUAAGUCGUGUAGUCUUGCGUUUUCAUGCACACAACCAGCGGCUUGGCUUCAAAGUUUCUGAGAAUAUAAGAAACACUUUCGUUGUAAAUAAAUAUCAUUUUAGCAUUUAAUAUCGAUAACCAGAGAUGGCAAAAUUAUGACAAUAACUUUUAACAAAUAAAAGUAAUUGUAAAGCAGUUUCAAUGCCUUGCCCCUAGAUGGCGUGGCGAGAUAUUUUUAUGAUUAUAACUUUUUUUUACACAUUGCACAAGGCGUAGUAUGUUAUAGCUCCACAUGUUUAAAGACAAUCACAACACAGCUACAAAAUUGCAAAAACAAUUUAUCGUAAAGUUAAAAAGACAGGUUACACCACAGAAAUGCUUGGAUUUUUUAAGUAGACAUUCACAUAAAAUAUUUAAAUAAAUAAAAAUAUAUAAGGGAAGAUUGGGUAAGUACUUAUUCUUCUUGAAAUUUUUAUAUGUAUUAGUGCAGCGUUAUAUAUUAUACUAUUUAAUUUUCGACACAAAAAGAGAGAGCUUUUCAGUAAAUAUAACCACAUUUUUUUUUCAUCACAAUCAACAUUAAGCUGUGCUGUGAAUAUCGAGCUGAGCUGUAGAAAUAUUCGAUGCGUGUGCGCAAAUGCGAAGUGCGAGCGAGUCAUAUAUAUCGAGCGUCCGAAGUAUAGAUUAAAUGAGUGUACUCUCCUGAAGAGAAACUCCAGGGUGUCCUUCGGGAUGCAAUGAUCUACGGCUGCUUGUACUAUGACGCAACUGCAGUUUCAAAAGUAUUCAGUGUUGUUGCCUCAAGGUAUCUCGACUUCGUCUGCGUAACAAGUAAUAAGAGAAUACCGUAAGAUUUUGUGAGAAUUUCGAUGUAAGGAUGAAAUUUGCCAAAGCCACUUCGGCUUUCGGCGUCGAUUCGGGAUCUUAAACAAAAACAAAAGACCAACGGCACAGUAAUGUAGAGGUCACAGGUUGUGAGUAAGCAUGCUCGUAAGAAUUGUUUUGUAAAAAAAAUCGAAACGUUGCGCAUUUAGUUUCCUAAUUACGAUCUCAAAAGGCGAAAUAGAGUAGAGCCCAGUACAGCUUAAUUUUGAUGGUUAUCAGAAUAGUAUAUAAUUGGAUAUCUUAUUUUAAUUAUGCCUUGGGAAUAAGGUUCAUUAUGGUAAAUAUAUAUUGGGUUGUACAUGGUUGUAUAAGAAAAAAUUGUUAAAGUCUAACGGCCCGUAAUCUAUUAUUUAUGCAUUUUAUUUUGUAAAUUCCUCCAAUAUGCUUGUCUCGUAGAAUGAUAACUGUCGUGUACUCUGUUGUGCUGUGUACUUUAGCAAGAUUACGCAAGUUUAUCGACACAUUUCGUCAUUAUCACAUUUCAUUUAAUCAUUUUAAAAUUAAAUAUAAAUAUACAGACGGUUGCAAGAAACUUUGUUAUGUGGACGUUUGAUAAUUAAAAUUGCUAUUGUCCAUUUUUAUUAUCGACAUCUUGAUUUAUUCUGACAUUAAAAUACGAUUCAUUAGUUGUCAUAUUUUCGUAAAAUGUAUUUAGCAUUUUAUUAACUAAAGCAAGAUUAAUGUUCUUUGGAGCCGUUUGUAAAGUAAAAAUCCCUAAAAUAAGUUUGGAAACUGUGAUUUUUGCACAGGGUGUAAAGCCGAUAGAUUUGUUGUAGGGAAUUUUGAAAACGAAUUUACCUUAAACUUUAUUUUCAUUAACCUAAGAUCCUAUUUUGUAUUUAUCGAACUCCAUACAAUUGGCCAAUUAUGGUUAAAUUAUUUUCACGAUGAGAAGUAAACAAGGGUCUUGAUAUAUUGUAGUGUGCAUAUCAAUAUAUUUAAGAACAAUAAAUAAAAAAUAACUUUUCAUAGUAAUCUAACUUACUACUAUUUCUAAUGUAGUUUGUAAUCUUUCGGUAAAGAUAUAUUUUUACUUACAUACCUUAAUAAUUUAUUUCGUGGUCAAUUAAAAGUACAUAUCUAAUUUAUUCCAUAUAAAAGUUAAUUAAGUUAUCAAAAGAUAUUUUAGGAUACACAGUUUAUAUUUAAUCGGAACUCGGUAAACCUAUUACUUUAUUUUAAUAAGGUGAAAACACAAGGGCAUUUUGACGUUGCAUUAAUUAAUGAGCCCAUAUACUUAUCUUGAAAAUAACACUUUAACAUGAGUUGUUCUUAUCACAAAAUAAAAAAUAAGGUGCGAACAAAAUACAUAUUAAAAAGUAUUUUUAAUAUUGCAUGCCCUAAGGUCAAUACUACUUACUCGAAGAGAAUUUGUCUAGAAAUACACUUAUACACCAUAUUUGCACUACACUAUAAAAUUAUCAAAAAAAUUAUAAAAAUAUUUUGUUAUUCAUUAAUGAUUUUUGGCACAAUUAGCAGAGAUGAAGAUGAAUAUGUAUUUUAAUUUAGUAACGCAAUGUAAAAUCACCCUGUAUAACGAUAAAGAUUGAUUUAUUUUGUUUAAAAACAAUUUAUAUUUUGCAUUAUAUAUUUAGGUUGUAAGGUGCAUAUUUGCUAAGACAAUAUUUUCAGGUUUUUACAAACAGCAUAAUUGAUGGACUCUUGUUUACUUUGAAGUCAUUAAGUAUACCUACAUUCAAUUAUUAUGGAAAGUACAAAAGUUGAAAUAAAUGAUCCAAAUUUUUCUAAACAUUUUUCCCAUACGAAACUGUAGAUCAUUUUAAAGUUUUGAAAGGUACAUUGGCUGGUUGUAGUCAUUCUCAUUUAGCGUAAGGAUAACAUGUUAUAUGUCAGUAGUUAUUCGUGUUUGGUGUUAAGUGUUAGUUUGUAAUUUCGGGGCUUGGAUUGAGAAGUAGGUUUAAGGUGCGACUGCACUGGGAUAUCGGAAGCUGUCAUUAAACAAACCGAUAUCAGCUCCAUUAGGGCGACCAAUCAAUGAAAGAAAAACGUUUCAACUUGUAAGCUGACUUCUGAACGCAUUCGUACUUUAAACCCAGUAAGUAGUGUUGUCGAUGGAAAUUUAUCUUUGAGAAAGGUUUUUGCUGGUCAUUUUACCCCAUUAUUUUUCUUAAUAUAAGACGUAGAUCUCGUAGUAUAUACAUGUUUAGAUUCGUAGCUUUAAGGUUCGGCGUAUUCGCCUGUCGUCCUUUUAUUUUUUUUUGGAUGCAAGCAAGGCUAGGGGCCUUUGAACGUCAAUUCAUUGAAAGUGUUCAUUUCUCCGACUUCUCUCCCUAUAUUGUCAUCUAUUUACAUUACACUAUUGUUCAACUGAUACUUAUAUUCUAUCUUAGUUGCACUUUUGUGCGUCAAUUAUUUAUCGAUACAUGACAACACUAUUUUUAUGUAGUUUCCAUAAAAUUAAUAUUUUAGACUUCUUAUACACUUUACCUUAUAAGGUCGGAGAAAUAAACUGAUAGGUUGUAAGGGUUUUUAAGAUUGGUCCAAAAUUGACACAUAUUUUGGGGGUCUAUAAUGGACAGGCUUUUUGGCCUAACUAAAGUUUUAAAAGUUGAAUAAUUUAAUAAGAAAAACGAAUUCUAAAUUUUUUACAAUUGGCUACUAACAUUUUUGAUACAUUUAUUUUAACAUUAUUGAAGUGUUACGGACACUACUGUAAUUCGCUAACAAUGCUAGUUGCGAUAUUCGAAAAAUCGAUUUUAUCGAUAAAUUCAGAGUUAUUUUAUUCAGAAAUGCGACGGCGAUGCGAAAUUUGCUUCAGUAGUGUUUAUUUCUAAGAUUGGCUCCUAGAUAUAAGGCUUAGGAUUAAAGUGUAACUGUUAGUUAUAAUGUCAAUGCCCACCUUUCUGCUUCUUAGCAAAGCACGCAUUUGCUUAUAAAUGUGCCAAUAUCAUGUUUGAUGUUGAGCAACGCAUUAUAUUUUAAUUUUACGUCAAGGUAUGAUGUGAAAGCGAAGGGACUGCGCGUCAAAGCAAAAUAAUUGCGGACUAAAUGAUAUUACAAAUGUGCCAAAUCAUCGAGUUUGUUAAGUACCGAAAAGAUAUUGACAAUGUAUCGUUUACUAAUAAUUGUAUUGUUGAAUUGUUCAAAAUUUUUAUUGUUGAAAAGUUUUUUGUUAAUUUCUUUCACAGUUUUCCGCGUGAAAGUGCUAAAAUAAGAAAGAUGUCUCCAUAUAAUUAUCCAAGUGCGAAAGAUGCAAAGUCUUUGUGUAAGGAUAUGUGUAAGUAACGUCAAUUCAUUCUGCUUUUUAUGUGCCUGAAAGUAACUAGCGUUUUAUAUGAAUAGGUAAGACGGAGUUUUGAUAUAUGUAAAAAUAUUAUUAUUCGCAUUGAUUUUUUGCAAAUGUAAUUUUAUAUAAAGACGAAUUGCUUUUGCACUUUCUAAUGCAAAUUAGCUUUAAUAGUUUGCAGCUUUUCGUUUAUCUUAAAUCUUAAGAUGAACUUCUGAUGUCAAGCGCAAAAUCCGAAGUGUUCAACAACGCAUUAACACCGAGCGUAUGUCACGUUUGGGGCGUUUGAUGCUUGACGCAAUUUAUUGAAGUUUAAUUAUAUUUUUGUACACAAAAAUAGUUCCUUUAAAAUAACAAUAUUUAAGUGAAGCUACUUGAGAUCACUCUCGUGUGUCUACCUUCCUAAGUGCGAGUACCUAUGUAAGUUUAGUUGGGAUAAAUAUUAUGAUUAUUAUAUUUGCUCUAUCACGCACAAUUUUAUUGUUAAUAUUUUAUUUGAAGCAUAUUUUAAAGAAUGAAUGGUGAAAUAAAUUUUGGACAGUUUGAGUUUGUUAAAGAGAAGGGAAAUAUCGGAAUACAAAUGUAUACGCGUGGUGCUUUGGGAGUGUGUGAUAAAAAGAGAUAGGGAAAUGAUUGGAUAACAAAAUUUUUAUCGAGCUUAAUAGAUGAUGUUGCAAAUAUUGUCUAUAAGUCGGUUGUAUGCCUAUUGGUAUAAUCAUAGUAAAGUAAUAUUAGGCACAAAAUAUUGGCAGAAUAUAAAAUUUUAGGAGGAUGUUACGGUAUACUUAUUAGCGUUUUGGAUUAAUAAUUUAUUUUUGGUGCUACAUACAGUUUCUUCGAGUCCUACAGGUUUAUUUUUAACGAUUAAAAUGUAUAUUUUUUUGUUAUGUAUAACUUGAAAGAAAUUCGUUUGAAUUGAGCGUGGCUGACAAUUGUAACUAUUUUAUGAAAACAUUUUAAAUGUUCACUAACUAGAACUAAGUUUAAAUUUCAUAUAAGAUUUAAAAUUAAUAUAUUUCGAAACAAAUCGACGUAAAAUUUGCCGAAUUUAUCCGUCAUUAUUAUAAUGUAAACAGUCCAAAUAGCGCAAGUCAAAUCUGAGUCGAAUUAAGAGGAUACGACGAUUUGUUUUUAUUGCAAUUCUCCUUUAAGAGGGAUAUAAACGUAACGAUGUUAUUUUGUUAACUAUUUAGUUUUUUGAUGCAAUUUUUAUGCCAGUAGCAACUAUAAAUGUAACGUGUCAUGUAUUUAUGUGGAAUUAUUGUCAAUUAAAAGACAAAUAAAAAUAAUUAAAUGUGA